AGCCCACGUCUGUAACUCCGGGCCCACUCAUCGAGAGCCCACCUCAUCGACUCGGUGAGGCAUUUCGUCGAGCACGCCGCGGGCGCGCGCGGCACGCGAACGAGCUCCGCGGCGCCGCCCAUGUCUACUACGGCGAGAGCCCUCGGCGCUCUCGUCCACAGGGUCUCCCUCUCCUCCCUCACGAGCCACCCAUUGACGCUCCCUAGGAUUGGAUUAUUGGAGAGGAUUUCGCGGUCUACACCGUUUCACGAUGUUGGUCGCGCCCACAGAGUGAGGAGGAUUUGGACGUCUCAACCGGUUUGUAUGGGGAGGCGUUCUUGUAAGAUCGCCGGUAGAAAGGAUGCGCAAAAUCUGAAGAAGAUGAAGCGCAACAGCAAAAUCGGGAAAGAAAUUGUUGCUGCCAUCAAAAAAGGCGGCCCAAAUCCAUCGUCAAACACCAACUUAGCAACCAUACUAGAGAAAGCUAGAGAGCUCGACAUCCCAAAGGAAAUCGUGGAGCGUAACAUUAAAAAAGCAUCAGAAAAGGGCCAAGAGACUUAUAUCGAAAAGUUCUACGAGGUAUACGGGUUUGGUGGAGUUGGUAUGGUUGUCGAGGUUCUUACUGACAAAAUAACAAGAUCUGUUGCUGCUGUCCGAGGUGUGGUGAAGGACUGUGGAGCAAAAUUGGCUGAUCCUGGGUCUAUUAUGUUCAAAUUCAGACGCGCUCGAGUUGUAAAUGUAAAGGCUGCUGAUGCUGACAAGGACCAGCUGCUUAUUGUUGCUUUAGAUUCUGGUGCCGAAGAUGUAAUUGAGCCAACAAUUUAUGAUGAUGACUCAGAAGAAGAUCGUCAAGAAAGCUAUUACAAAAUCAUUACUUCAGCAGAAGACUACCCUGUCAUAUUAUCGAAACUACGAGAUGAAGGAAUAGCAUUUGAACAGGAUAAUGGGUUUGAGCUACUGCCAUUGAACCCCAUUGAGGUCGAUGAUGAAGCUAUGGAGCUAAACAAGGAGCUUAUGUCCAAGCUCCUUGAGCUUGAUGAUGUUGAUGCUGUUUAUUCAGAUCAGAAGUGAUCAAGCAUGAUGAUCAUCAAGUCAUUGCAUGCGUUGCUGAAGUGAUAGGGCCAGAUCAAUGAGCAUGACGAGGCGGCUGGCGUUUCAUUUUUCCAGUCAGAAGUGACUAAAGAGCCGCAGAGUUGAUGUUUUCAAUUGCCAUGCCUUUUCACUUAAUUUACAUUGUGUAUGUGAUUUUACUUUUAAUUUGAGGGACUCAUAUGGGCUUUUUAAGUUGUAAAAUGAGAAGAAAUAUAAGUUGUUCAAACCUCAAUUGUUAUUUCUUGUUCAUAGUUGAUCAGGAUACGAUACUGAAUAAA